AUGGAUGAGGAUAUCUUGCAGUACAUGAGGCCCAGCAGCCUUACCGACCUGCCGUUGAAUAUUCUAUUUAAUAUCCUUUCGAAUCUGGAGGCACAUGAUUUAAUGACAGUUAGCUGUACCUGCAGCAUGUUGCGGACAUUGUCGAAUGAGAAUUUGAUUUACAGGAAUAAAGUCAAGGGUUCUAAUGGUGCGAACUGGUGGACAAGGAGACUUGUAACAGAUGUUUUCGAUAUCUUAGACCAGAAGAGGAAUUUUCUGUUGACUAUGACUACAAGACAUAACGUUUCUGUCAUUGAGUCAUUGAGACAUAUCCAAAACAAGUUCAAUUUGAACGAAGAGCCACAUAGGAAAAAGACAAGGUCUUAUAGUCAUUCAAGAAUAGACGAGGUGGACGGCAGUGGAAACAUCAUUAUUACCAAGAACAAUAAUGGCAUAAGUAGUGAUAAGAGAAAUUUUACCGAUAUCAUCAGUAAUAGAGAUGCGCUAACUUAUCAGUCAAUACUGCAAGGGAUAAAAGCGGUUGUUGAUUCUCAGGACGAAAAUAUGGUAGACAGAAGUCACACUACAAAGGAUAGAGUACAUCAAACGUAUACCAUUGGCGAGUUGUCUCCGUCUACAUCUGAUAAAUCUCGCUCAUCCGAUGAUUCAAUAUUUUCAGGAAAACCAAUACUUGGGGAAAAUGAGUGGAAAGCUCACGAUGAGCCAAGUAGUCCGUUCAAGGGAGUGUUGAAUACUGAUACAGUUUCAACUGGUUCUAGUUCUUUGUCGUCCUCUUCGGAUUCCCUAGAUAGGCUUCGAAACUCAAAGCAUGUGCGUGACAAAGCAGCUUUAUUCGAGAAACUGUUAUUCAAAGAAAAUAAUGAAAUCAGUCCCAAAAAAAAUAUACGAAAAACCGUUCACAUCAAUCAGCCGAUUAAUAAUGAUAAGAAAGUGAAGUCAUAUGGCGGCUUGUCAAACUCCAAAUCUAUGUUUGAUUUUGUGCCGGAGCUCCAGUUAAAAGAUGGAAUUGAAACUAGAAAAAUAUCAGAUGGUUAUAUCCAAGAAGUAGAAAGGCUUGAAGGAAGUGCAUCACCUAAAUUUUUAGAAUCAAAGGCCACUUCAAAGGAUCUGGAACUUUUGAAGAACUCUGCAAAUGUUAAAGAAAGAAGCCAAUGCCUGGAAUCGACUCAUCAGCAAAGACAGAAGCAUAAAAGAAGUCAGCUAAAGAUGAUUAUAACUUCGGAUAAUAAAAUUAGUUAUCAAAAAAUUGAUGAUGGCGAAGAAGUAGGGUAUUGA